AAUCCAUUUAAUUGAGUUUGGCACAGCAGGAAUUAGGGUUUUGGAUACACAGAAGAGGAGAGAGACGAAUGGCGUCCACCACAGCUCGUCGAACCCUUGCUUCACUCCUUGCUCGAACCCUCUCUUCCCCAUCUCCAUCUUCAUCCUCUCGCUCUCGCCUCUCCAUUCCUCUCCUCAAUGGCUUGCCCUUGCCAGAACACAGACCCCACCCACACAACAUCUUGACCCGCCCCAAGACCUCCGGGUCGGGCUACUCGCCCCUAAAUGACCCGUCGCCCAACUGGAGCAACCGGCCUCCGAAGGAGACGAUCCUCCUAGACGGCUGUGAUUACGAGCACUGGCUCAUCGUCAUGGAGUUCCCCACCGACCCUAAGCCCUCCGAGGAAGAGAUGAUCAACGCUUACGUCAAAACCCUAACCUCCGUUGUCGGAAGUGAGGAAGAGGCGAAGAAGAAGAUUUACUCGGUUUGCACGACCACUUAUACUGGAUUUGGGUGCUUGAUCUCCGAGGAACUCUCCUAUAAAGUUAAAGGAUUGCCUGGCGUUCUCUGGGUUUUGCCGGAUUCGUAUCUUGAUGUGCCAAACAAGGAUUAUGGAGGUGAUUUGUUCGUUGAUGGUAAAGUUAUUCACCGGCCACAAUAUUGGUAUAACGAGAGGCAGCCAACGAGGCGGCCUCGCCCACGGUAUGAUAGGCGCCGUGAAACAAUGCAGGUUGAGAGGAGAGAUACUGGAAACAGAGUGAGCUGGGCACAGAGCCGGCCUCAAGUUGUUCAGCAGCAAACGACGAUGGAGUCCCAGGGUUCUGCUCAGGUUGGAGGGCCGGGCAUUAACAUGGGAGAAGUUAAUACUGGAAGCACAUAAGAUGUUUUUAGCUCUUAUAUAUAACUCUGUUGCUGAAU